GGCAAGGCCGCCGCGGCACCGGAGAUGGGGCUGAAUCUUUUCAUUCGCUUCGUGGCGCUGAUGGAGAGGCUUGGCGACGCCUUGGGCACGCUGGCCUUCACCUGGGCCACCGUCGUCCUACUCGGCGGCUACGCCAACUCCAACGACCUCGGCUCGGAUUUCGGGGUCUUGACGGCCAUAGUUUUCCUGGAAGCCUUGAGGAUGUUCAGCCGCAACAACAGGCUUGAUUACCAAUUGUUCUUCCGCAGUAGAGGUGCUUUCAGAUCUCUUGGCUCGAAUGAGCUGAUCUUGCUCAUAUGCUUCUUCAAUGUUCUGAUGGGCAUAAUUGAUAUAUGGGGCAAUCAUGAAAUAAUAGUGAUACUAACUUUGUCGGUGGGAAUAAUUGUGAUCGGUCCAAUUCUAUGUCCAGAAGCUGCAAUUCCACCCAUGUGUGAUCCGCUACGCUGUGCGAUCUCAUUAUGGCGCCCAAUGGUUGCAAUCCUACUGCUUUGUCCCUCUGUACUGCAUAGGGUCUAUGAAAAUUUCAACAGUCAAAGACUUGGCUCAGUUGCCUACUGCACAGUGUACUUGCUAAUAUUUGUGGUGGUGCUCCUACUCACAAUCAGCAGACUACGGUUCCCAGGUAUCGUCAAACUAGCAGAUUGUGUUCUUGGCAGCAAAAUAGCACUUUGGCAUCGAGUUAUUCUGAACUCGUGCUUGUUUGCUGCGUCAAUGAUUUGUGUUCGAAGCUUUAACCUUGCGAUGGUCAUAAUUGCUCUAAUGAUAGCGCCAUUGGGCAACCUCCAGAUUCCAGCAGCAGCAUUGCGCAUUGGGCUGGCAGUGUGGCGCCUUAUAGUCAUACGACAGGACUACAAGCAAAACCUUGAGAGCAAGACAAACCUUGAGCCAUCUCUCAUCAUCUUUUAUGUGAUGGUGCUUGGACAAGGAUUACUCUACAUUGUUGCCGCCAUCCUUGAGAUGUUUUCAUUCAUCUUAAGAAGAUCCCUGAUCCAUCGUGUUGGGUUUAGAGGUCCCUCUGAAGUGCAAUAUGUCAAUUUGUAUUAUGCAUAUGCCUUCGACAGAUGCAUGGAAGGUUCUAUGCUUGCUCCAAAGAAGACCAGCCUCAUCAUAUUUGCAAUGGAUUCUUUGAAGUCAGACUCACCCAAGAUGCAACUCUAUGGGCUUAAGAUGCUACACAAAUUUCUGAAAAAGGAGCCCCUAAAGACUAAAGCCACGUUAGAACUCACCACUUACACAAAGACAGUGACCUGCUUGAUCAGCAUGUUGGGCUGGACAAGUGAAGUGGAUAGAGAUAUUAGAACAUUUGCUGCAAAAGUCACGGCCGAGCUCGCUGAUAACCUUAGAGUUGUCCAAAUACCUGGGGCAGUGCAACUCAUAGCCUCACUUUUGGACACUAUUCACAGAGAGAAUAUAAAGAAUCCGUUUUUGGACAUUGGUAGCCCUGAGGCAAAACAAGACAACCUGAUUCAGCGAGUUAGCAGGAACGAACAGACAUCCUCGCUGCUUAAAUGGUUGAAACAGAUGGCUGUUUACUGUUUGAUUCCAAGAGAGGAGCCAACAACUUACACGGACGAACAGAACACCCAUAUACUCGGAUACUGGAGAGAGACUACAGAACGUCCAUCUGUUCUGGAGGAGGAGCCAUCGACCAACCAGGAUCUUCUCUCUGUACAGGGCAUGUUCAUUCUUCAAAAGCUUGCUAGCUUUGAUCUGGAGAAUGGUAUAGAAAUCAAUAGAGCGACUGGCCUCAUCUCAAAGAUUGUAGAGUUCACAAGCAACAUAACUGUCAUGACAAAUAUUAGUGAGACACACAAGACACUGCUGAAACUUUCAUCUCUGAAGUUGCUGGCAAGACUUUCAAGUACUAAAGGGAAAUUUGGUGUAACUUUGCGUCAGAAUAUUACAGAACAUCCCUUCAUUUUGAGCAACCUUGCAGAGAUCUUGGACAAUAGAGGGAGCAGUCAUGAACUUAGGGAGCUCACAACAGAACUCCUUAGAAACCUUGCCAUGGAGGAAAAUGUGAAGGAGGAGAUCGGACAGAUCCCCGUGAUCAUUAGCAGGUUGAUGGAUGCAUUUCUCAGCCAAGGUACACCCUCAAGUGCAGAUUCAGAUCACUUGCUACGAAUGAUCUCCGGGCAAGCAUUGGCAGUACUGGCAAUGGAGAGUGCCAACAACUGCUUGAUUAUGUUAGCAGAACCAGGGUACAUGUUUAUCAAGGAACUAACACUUAUGAUCCAUAGUGACAAGUACAGGUAUGUAGCAUCAAGCCUGUUGCGGAAUAUGUGUGUGCAUGCUCGAUCUGAGCUUCGCAACUCUGACCUGAAGGAAAUUUCCUACAUUCUGAGAGAGGUGCUGGAAGGAAUAAUGGAUGCAGAAGGGACAGAACUGGAGGUCCUUAUUGGUCUUAGUUCACAAAUAUGUAAUGCCACUCCUGACGAUUUUGCACGAGAACUAGAGCAUGGUCAUGUUAAGGAUAGAUUUAUAAAGAGGCUUGUCAAUGCACUUAGCUCAAAUAUGAUACCCACUGCUCAUUGUCCUGGCAUCAGGAGGGUGAUAGUUGAACAUGCCAUAUACAUGAUGGAGUCCAAUCUGGUCUAUACUACCUGUUUCAAGAAUUGUCGGAUGAUGGAAGCACUGCUAAUGGUAGAGCGUAAACCUUCAAGGGCUGAAAACUACAGGUUCUUCUUGGGUGAUGCAGGACUCAUGAAGCACAGCAUACCUCUAUCCGCUCUUGUGGCUAGAGCAAAAGAGCUGAUGGGCCAUUAGUAGCUACUCCCUCUAUACCACAAUACUUGUCGCUGGGGGAGUACGAGGCAUCAGAAGUGUCAGCUGAGCAUGCAUUUAGAAGAUAUUGUACUACUGGUCUAUACUGGGACUUUCCAUUUGCUCGCCAUAGUGGUGAGUUAUUCAUUGCAAUCCAUGGAGAUCCCAUUGUGUGCCACGAUGCGGGUAACUUAAAUAAUGGCUGUGUUAGUGUUGUAGGAUCAUGGAUAUAUGAAAGAUGAUGAAUCUGCUUUGUGAUUAAAAUUUA